GGUCACAGUGGCCAGUGAGGGAGACUCAGAGAGCAGGCAGCGGACGGAGCCCGACCGUCCAUGGUGCAGGAGGUGGGGGAUGAUCAAGUGUUUCUCGGCAGGACCGUGACAUAGGAGGACAGGAAGGAAGCAGGCCUCACCUCUCUUCAGUUGGGUGUUUCCCAAGCUGUGCCCUGGUGUCACGUUUUCCGUCGGGAUUUCUCAAUCAAAAGAAGCUGUGGAACUUUGGGGGCAGCAUCUUCUAGCAGCAGCAGAGGAGCCUGGAGGAGGGAAGGAUGGAGGAGCCGAGAGUGCAGGGGUGGCUGCUGCAGGGGCUGCUGGUGCUGCUGCUCUGCGUCUCAGGGCUCCAUGCGGAAGACCUGGGUGAGGAGUGCAGGUGCCUAGUGGAAGGGCGAAACUUCACAGAGUUCUACCACUAUAACCAGAGGUACAAGUACCACUCCAAGGCCUGGCAGCGAGUGGAGAGCCAGGGCCCCCCAACGACUCUGGUGGAGACAGAGACACAAAACGAUGACAUGAAUCGGGCCCAGGUGGGGAGGUUCCUCCUGGAGGACAGCCCCAGCACUGGCUUCAUUACCAUCACCAUGAUGCAGCUCCAGAGGCAGGAUGUGGGGCUGUACCAGUGUGUCAUCCUCCACGAUCCCCCCGUUCGCCUGUCGUAUCGGAUUCGGCUGGUGCUGUGCUCAGAAUCUUCAGGUCCCCAGGCCUCCGACCCGACAUGCCAGGGUUUGGCCACAGACCCUGCUCUUCCCGCCGCCACGCGUCCGACCUCCAGGUCGGCUGGUCUUCACAUCUUUCGCACCACAAAGAGGCUGAGCACAACCAGCGCUGUGACUCAGCCUCUCUCUAAGCCAACCACUGCUUCUCUUGACCCAGGAGUCAACUUCACGAACGUGACGGGUGUCAUCAGAACUGGGAACGAAUUCAAGGCCUUCACACUGAGCUAUAGCCUCAGCUUUAAAAAAAAAAAAAAACUAUUUGAGACAGUCUCAGGCAAGUACCCAGGCUAGACUUGAACAUGUAAUCCUCACGCCAGAGGCUGGGGUUACAGGUGUGGACCACUGAGCUUAGAGCAUUUGUAUUUCUGCACUCACAGUCGUGGGGUCCGGGCAGCCCAAAGGAUGCCAGCGGCAGGCAGGUUCCAGGCAUCUAGGGCAGCAGGGGAGCCCGUGUGCAGCCCCUAAAGAUGCCCUGCGAUGGGUGUGUGCAGAGGGCUCCCGGGGAGAAGGCAGAGCUGGGCUGGGGAUGGAGUCAGUGAGCCCCAAAGCAGGGACCUGCAGGCAGCUGAGCUCCAGCCAGCGCAGAGCCAGGCACGGUAGUGGGUGCGGUUUGAACCACGGAGGACAGGACAGACUCUGGCUUCUCUGUCUUGGGGACCCGGUAGCCAGCACCGCUUCGGGGGAGCUUGACCAGGACCAGGAGGCCUGGGCAUGGCAUCCCCUGAGACACAGGGCAGGGCAGGGCAGGGGGCCGGGGUGGACAUCAGCACAGAGGAGCUCUUUGACUUUUGCUCUUGUGCCUUGUGCCUCCCUCUUUAGCAACCUGUGCGUUUGGUUAUAAAUUUUGCACAGGCAAAUGUGCUGAUUUCAAAAUUAUUGCUUUGCUUAAUUGUGCUUGAUUCUAUUCUGGAAACUUUGUAGUUUUUUUUUUCCCAUUCAUUGAAAUCCUUUGGGGAUUCAGAGUUAUAGAAAGAUUUUGUGUUUCUUCGUACACCUUUGCAGACACCGCGAGACUAUUCACUAACACAGUUCUGCUGAUUUGCAGGACUGCAGUUUCCCUCGGGUGUUAAUUUCUCUUGUAGCGAUUGGGAGUACUGGGGAUUGAACCCAGGGCCCUCAUGCUGAGUUACAUCCCCAGCCUUUUAAAAGGUUUUAAAUUUUGGAACAGCGUCCUGCGAGGUCACAGGGAUGGCCUUCUGUUUGUCUGUGGACAUCCAUCUCUCUUUGUGUCCGCGUCUUAGCACGUAGAGUCCUUGUGUUCUCUCCUCUCCUGCAUCUGCUGAUGGACAGGCCAGGCUGCUGGUCUCACUCCUUGUUUUUAUGGUGUCAGCCGAUAUCCAUGUGAGACUUGUAGAAUCGUUUUGCUCAAACCUAAAAUUUUAUGGCGGGAUUUCCUUUAGGGUUGAAUUGUUGAAUUAUAGAUGAAGAAACUGAGGCUGGAGGUUUGGGCUAACAUAGGAAACAGAUCUGGGAUGGAGAAUAAAGACAGUGUCCCAGCCCCCGGGGCCACUUUCUCUACUCAUCACAGAGAAGCUGAAGCCACCAGGGCUAUCCUUCCUCCCUGUGCCUCCCCUGGCCGUGAGCCCAGAUUCCACUGAGCAGCUGUGUUACGGGAAACGAAACCAGCGGCCCUGCCCGGGCCCGGUGAGGUGGGGAAGGUGUGGGAGGCCUCUGCGGACCUGGAAGAAAUCCCGUCAGUGUCCUCGCCAGGGACGAUUCAUUCAGUGUCUUUCUCCCCAGGGUCCCCUUCUUCAGCAUCCACAUUCUUGUGGUCUUUGGACUCUUGCACAAGAGCCUGGUCUUCAUCGCCCUGUUUGUUGUCACCCAGCAGUCAUUUGGGCGAUGAACGCUUGACCCCGACCCCUCACCUCCAGCUGGAGCUAUGU